AUGAGCAUACCAGCCAAAUAUCUAGACGGCCUGGAAUAUCCCUCCAGUGCCCCUCUCCCACCGCUGCUCACCUCUGCCAGUGCCGGUGACAAAGUGGCUGGUCUUUACGAUUCUGACGAAGCUGUCACGGACUUGGGGAUCAAUGCCUACUACAUACAGAUGAUUUCCGUAUGGGGUGACGUCGCGACUUGGCUCCAUGACAUCAAGCUUGGGAACGAUGAGAUCCCUUGGCGGCCAGAAUCCGGCCAUACCAAGCUCAGCACCCGAUACUUCGAAUUCGAACGCCAGCUUCCUCAUAUGCAUCUCCUCCGGAAUGUCUCCUUCACUACGCGGACAGCCAGUGAGAUCUUCGAGCAGAGGGAGUACUGGACAUCGUGGGUUCUCAUGCAGAUUCUGUUCCACGCCGUCCCCGCCACCAUCAACCAUCCUUUCAUUCACUUGGUUGCUCUCGAUCUCUUGCGAAACCUACAGCAUAUUGCUGAUCACCAGAGAAGUAACCACGAAGGAGGCAACACAAUCAUGUUCCAGCCCUCCCUGGUCUGGGCUCUGCUAGAUCCAGAGAUUUGUCAUAUGAACACCACCAAUGAGGUCCUGGACGAGUCCCCGGCUGCUCCUGAGGCCCGACUCCGUGUCACUACACGGUUCACUCACCCAUUGACCGAAGCGCAGCAGGAGCAGCAGCCAGCUCCGAGCUCGAACUUCAUCACGGAUGAGACCUUUUCAUUUGACCCAGACGAGCUUGAGCAGCUGUACCUGGAUGAUCUAUUCUUUCAUUCUAACCCUGAUCCGUUCUUUGGUCUCUAG